AUGAAGACCUCUCAUAUCCUCUUUCUUUCCACGCUAUACGCAAGUGCGCAUAGCUACAUGGCCCCGCAACCUGUGGGCUCCAUGCCACGCAACCUUGGCACUCCUGACUCCAUGCGUAGUUCAUACACGUGUGGCAAUGGUGCCAAACCUUCUGUAGAAUGCGUUGAUUCAACUGCAAAGCCAAGCUGCGAUUGCACCUGUACCAACGGCAUCCGCUUCAAUCAGACACUGUCUACAGAUGCGCCAGAAAAUGCGUCGUGCGGUACGUGCGAGGCAGAGAAGGAGCAGUGUCUUGUGCAAUUGGCCAUCAACGCCGGUCUCGCCACAGCGCGUGAGCAGCAGUUGAAAACGGACUUUGAAAAUGCAUCCGCACGCGAGACGCAGCUGAAGACGGACCUCGCCAACGCAGCCGCGCGUGAGCGGCAGCUAAAGACAGACUUUGACACUGCAACCGCACGUGAGCAAUCCUUGAAGACCGAUCUCGAAAAUGCAAUCUCGCGUGAGCAACAGUUAAAUACCAAGCUCGAAACCUCGCAACAAACCUGCCAAACAAACGAGCAAAGCCACCUCGCCGCCCAACGCGACCUCGAAGCCCAACUCAAACCCUUCAAGUCCUCCGUCUUCAAAAUCCAAAAAUGCUACUUUACGACUGCCAAGCGCGCUCUCACGGACUUUUACAUCAAAGACCUAGACAUGACGGCGUACAAGUGCAAGCACAUUUGCCGCGGCUCAAAGUUCUUCGGCCUUUCUGAUGGUCAUAGUUGUUAUUGCGGGAAUACGCUCAGUGCGGAUUUGACGGAGGCGGGUGAUGCGGUUUGUAGGGUUAAGUGUGGGGGUGAUGUGUAUGCUUGUGGGGGGGUUGGGACGACGAGGGUGUUUGUGUAUGAGUAUUAG